AUGCAAAGCUGCAGUUUAAGUGGAGUGGAACAACUAGUCAUGUGGACCUCACUAACCACUAACAAACCCAUUCUUUGGGGCCAUUCUUAUUUUUCAUUGCUUGUUUUUUCUUAUCUAACGUUGUCGGGGAUCUGCAUGAGCCUGAUCUGCGCGGGCGUUGAUUCCAAUCGCUCGAUACCCGACAUAGCUGGUCUUGAAUGGGCAUCUUUCAUAGAACUCGAAGCGCCAUCAUUCACCUUGAACCGCUCUCUCAUAACCGGACCAGAUACCUCACCGAGAUCGCCCAUGCCAGCAUUUACAACAUCACCGGCAGCCUGGAGCUGUGGUCUCCAAAACUUCAACACAGCCGCCUUGGCCAAACGCGCCAGCAAACUCCGAAAUGGCACACCUUGCGUUGUGCACCUCCCAGACUACCAAGACCUGAUGAUGGGAACCAGAAACUAUCACCUCGACGUCGAGUUCGAAGACGGAGUCACGUGGAUUGCUCGGAUCCGUCAACCAAACACGACACCGCUCCCUGUUCGGAAUUACAUGAUCAAAAGCGAAGCUGCAACGUUGGGCUUUCUCGAAAAGACAGAGGUUCCUGCGCCGAGGGUGUUUGACUACAGGUUGGAUGGACCAGACAACCCAGUUGGGGUGGGGUAUAUCUUCAUGGACAAGUUACCAGGCGUACCGCUUCGUUGGGAUCUCGCCAGCAAGAAGCAGAGGAGGAAAGUGUUGGAUCAGCUGGCGGAUAUAUACAUUGAGCUGGGGAGACAUCCAUUCAAGGGUCUGGGAUCGUUGGACACACCGGGGAGUGAUCACAUUGGGCGGUUUGCCAAGGAGCUGACUUUUGACCUGCCGCCGUGUCAGUCGUGGAGGGAGUAUUGUACGCGGUACAUUCUUCACGUUUUGAGGUUGAUUGAACGGAGCGAGAUUUACACUCAGCGACCGGUGGAUGCGUUUCUGAUACACCGCUUUCUCCUCGACUUGGUGUCCAGGAUGGCAGGGCUGACUGGUGGAUGGGAUGAAAGAUUCCCGUUUUAUCUGAAGCACGCAGAUGAAAAGAUGGAUCACAUCUUGGUGGAUGAGGAGUACAACAUUACGGGGAUCAUAGACUGGGAGUCGGCAUUCACGGCACCGGCGUUUGUGGCUUUCAAUACACCUAUGGGGAUACUUCCCGUGAAGGACUUUUACGACGGGGUGGAUACACUUGGUGAGCACGAGGACGGGUUUUUAGACAUCUUGAGAUCAAAAGGAGGCCAGGUCUUCUCGAAUGUCGGUCGGCAUGGGCGAUUACUGCAUAGGUUUCUCUUUUGUAUUGGGUUCGACAUUGUGAAAUACAGGGAUGACUUCGAAACAUUAUUUCAGGGACUGAGAGAGGGUGUGGGGGCUGAUGAGGAAUCUGACUGGGAUGAAUGGCAAGUUGAUGCUUUGCUGCGAUACCGUGAUAAAGAGAUGGUAUAA